GAGAGGGAGAGGCAGAGAGAGAGAGAGGGACAGAGGCGGAGAUUUGAGAGAGUUUUUUGUUAGAGGAAAAAGCAGAGAAUAAAAAGAGACCGGAUGUUGACAAAUUUCGUGUCACUGUUCUUAGAAGGUCGUUUGUUAGUGUGAAGAUUUCUUAUCUGGGAUCUCUCUUCGUCUCUCUCACUUUCUUUCUUCCAAAUUAAAUAUAGUAGUAGUACUACUCCCUUCCCCUCCCCUACUACUUUGUUUAUAUCAACAGUUAUUACUGUGGGGAGAAUUAGAAUUCCCUUCCUUUUUUUUUGUAUUUUCAUUAAUAAAAACUCCCUUCUCUCUCUAAGACUGCUGCCUUUUCUCUUUCUAGAGAGAGACUGAGAGGGCGUGGCCCAGCAGAUCGAAAUCUCCAAUUCUUAGUUAGAGUUUGAUGAGGAUCUGUGCAUCUUCAAUGGAGUUAUCAUAAACACUCAAUUAAUUGCUAUUUCACAAUUAUUAGUGAGAAAAAGCCUCAGAAUUCAAUCCAUGGGAGCAGGUCGCUUCAAGAUGCGGGUCUGAGGAAUGGGAACAAAAGUAGAUAGCAAGAGCUAUUUUCCGGGAUAUUACUCCAUGAGAGAUCUUAAUGAGGAUUCUAGCAGUAGUAGCUGGCCCAUUUGUUACGGUGAUAAGGCUAUCUCAAACGGGCAAUAUUACAAUGGCUUCAUGCCUAGGACAGCAAUGGAUGGUUAUCCUGGGUAUGGCAAGGAUGCAUUGAAGCAGACAAUGCUUGAACACGAGGCUGUUUUUAAGAAUCAGGUUUCUGAACUCCACCGUGUUUACCGGAUCCAGAGAGAUAUGAUGGAAGAAUACAGAAGGAAAGAACUACGCAGAAUCCGACCAUCUAUAGAGCCAUUGUCAUCAUCAAGUCUCGGAGGGCCUCAAGUGGCAUUAGAAGAAGCUCGGAAAUGGCACAUGACGGGCUUUCCUAUGUUGAAUUCUAAUUAUGAAAGAACAUCUAUCUCGGGGGUUGAAAUCACUAAUUCUCCUAUGAGUUGUACGAAAGGGAACACCAAUGUGCAACCUGGUCAGUUCCCAUUCCAGAAUGGGUCUUCUUCUGUAAAAGACUCUGAACUGUUGGAUUCAAGACCAAUGAAGGUGAGGAAGAAGUUGUUCGAUCUUGAACUACCAGCAGAUGAAUACAUUGGUACUGAUGAAGGCAAAGAGUCACCGGAUUGCAAAGGCUCGGAUGUAUCAAGUUAUGCUCCUAACGAAAAUCUAAAAAGUGGACCUGAAACUCAGAAGUUAUCUCCUGUCGGGCAUAUUGGAGCAACAACUGAAUGUAGGAUAGAUGCCUCAGCUUCUGGUUCUUGUUUGAGGAACCCUAUUAUGUUGGCUGAUCUGAACGAACCCAUUGAUGUUGAAGAGGCAACUGCUCCUUCGUCGACGAAUAUCUUUGGUCAUGGUUCUAUCAACCGACAUACUAAUGGUGUGAAUCAGCAUGCCAUGUCGAAUGCAGGCUAUUUAGGUGCAAAUGCCAAAACAGUAAAUUACCGGGAAGGUCUUUUGACCAAUUCUUCUGUUGAGAGUAAAGCUAAUGAGAGAGGACCUCUCUCCCAUAUCUAUGAAGCAGGGUCCAGCAGAAGUAAGUUCGAUUCAUUAACUCCCAGUCUUCAGCAAGAUAAGUCUCAUCCAGUGCAAUGCAUGCUCAAUCCACACGAUCAAACUCCUGGAAUGUAUCUAACUCGACAUAGUCAAGAAGACUCUUGGAGGGAGGGAGCCCACCAUCAUCUAGAAUCUUCUGAUAGAAGUCGUGAUCAGUCCAAUAAUAGAUUCAUGGGACCCCAUAUGGCUUCUCACACCCCUGGUUCAGACCCAUUCUUUAGUUCGUCUUAUUAUUCUGGCACCUGGGCUCAUGGCGUCCCAUCCUGGGCGAAGCCUGCUAAAAGCUUUACUCAGAAAAUAACAGCAGCAGAUUCACGUCUGAACCCAGCUGCAGCAAUGGAUCGAGGGGUGCAGAUUUCAGGAGAGCCUGUCUCAUCCUGGGUGAAGCCUGCUAAAUGCUUUACUCAGAUGAUGACCGCGACGGAUUCAUCUCUGACCCAAGCUGCAGCAUUGGAUCGAGGGCUGCAGAUAUCAGCAGAGUGGCAGAAACAUUGUGGAGGAAAUCGGCGCGUGGGUGACGACUUCAUGUUGAACCCUGGUUUGGGAGGUGAACUGUCAACAUGGAAUGGGUUUUAUCACGGAUCUGCCUCGGGGUCGAAAGAAAUGAAAGCUCACAUGCCCUCAUCGGGCUUUGAUUACCGUAACUGCAGUAGGGGCAAAAAUGUAGUAUCUGAUCGCAUGACUAGUCAUGGAUAUGGGCAUUUUCCAAGAGGAUCCUCGUUUGCAGAUUCAAAACCUCCACUAGAUAUUAACUUGAACGAGGUGGUUUCAAAGAGCUCGUAUAAUGAGGUAAUGGUCCUUCCAGAUGUUGCUACAGUCGAUGACAAAACUAAGCCUGAGGGCUACCGAUCUUCAUUGCCCUGGCUUAAUAACAAGCCAGCCCGUGCUAAUGAUGCUGCGAAUUCUAGAAGCUACGUCAAAGAUUUUUCCAAUCAAUUGUCUUGUAAGACCGAAACAGUUAGAGAUCUCAAUGAGCCAUUCACCCCAAUAAUUGAGUUGGAUUCGAGUGAGAUGAAGACAACCAGGAACCAGAAUGUUAAGAAAAUUCUGGGGUUCCCCAUUUUUGAAGCAGGUGAUCUGAAAAAUGAGCCCUUUUCUCAUGUUUCCAACUCGGCAAGUUUUAGUUGCCCUCGUGAUGGAAAUGGUGUUGUUAAAGAAAGGAAGAAUAGAGUAAUAGAUAUAAACCUAGAGUGUGAACCUGAAGAAGAGGCUGUGGAGAAAGAAAAGCAGACAAAAUGUGGCGUUGUCAGAGACUUCAUCGAUUUGAACUCGUGUAUAACUGACUGUGAAGAUGCUUUAGCACCUUCUUACGAAAGCAAGACUGUCAAAGGUAAGGUGAUUCUUGAUAUAGAUUUGGAAUCUCCUGUUCUUCCGGAGAAAGAGUCCAACGAGGAUGCUGCGGGUGCAGCAGUAUCCUUACUGUUGGAGAAUAAAACCAAUUCAUCACAGGACGAAGCUCUUAGAACUGCAGCUGAAGCAAUCGUUGCCAUGUCAUCAUCCUGUACGAAAAUCCAUCCAGAGGAGAGUGACGGUAUUGAUAUUCUGGAAGCUUCCUUGGCAGAAUCGUUCAUGUUGUUUGUCAAUGCUGUUUCCUCGUGUCCAGAUGAAAGCAUGUCCACAGAUAAGGAUGGCUCGCCAAAGGACUUAUCUGAGGAGAUGGAUGAUUUCGAGGCAAUGACAUUGCAGAUACCAGAGACAGGGGAGGAAGAUUACAUGCCAACGCCCUUCGUCCCUGAGCUCCAGAAGAAUGAAGAGGCGGGGGGCAAUACAGUGACAAGGCCCCGAAGGGGUCAGGCGAGGAGAGGGAGGCAGCGGAGGGACUUUCAAAGGGACAUCCUUCCCGGUCUGACAUCUCUGUCGCGCCAUGAGGUGACUGAGGAUAUCCAAACAUUUGGGGGUAUGAUGAGAGCCACGGGGCAUCACUGGGUUUCGGGUCUGGCCAGAAGAAAUGGCACCAGAAAUGGGGGUGGACGGGGCAGGAGACGAGCUGUGGUAGAGACGGUCCCUGCUGCGGUUCCAACUCCAACUCCAACUCCAACUCCACUGAUACAGCAACUCAACAGCAUAGAAGCUGGUUUGGAGGACAGAAGCCUAACAGGGUGGGGGAAGACGCCGAGACGCCCCAGACGACAGAGAUGCCCUGCAGCAGGUAACCCUACUGCUGUGGUGUUAACUUAAUAAUUGAGAGAGAGAAAAAGAGUAUCAUUCCUUUGUUGAUCAUACAGAAGAACACAGGAGAUGAGGGACUUUGUUUCAUCACUUUAUGUGUGAGAGAGAGAGAGAGAGAACUGUGUUGCGGUCUUGGUAAUUUGUCUUGUAAAUGUCAUUGCAUCUCUUCAUAAUUUGUGUUUUGGUGAUUUGUGUCUUUGAGUUACUCCAACUUGUAGAAAUAAUCUUGCUUGAUUUUAUAUACACGGAUUUGUUUCGAAUUAAUACAAGUAAUCUUCUUUUAUA